GCAAGUUUGAGAAGAAUUCAUAUCCUUUGACCAGUAGAGAACCAGGGAGUAACUUAUUGGCGACGGUAUGGGUAUCGCAGAGCCUCAAGAUGAAUUGACGCGUCGUCGUGAGCGAGGCCGACGUUCACAAGCAGCUUUUCGCAAGCGACAGGCCCAAUCAAACCAUGCGCUGGCAGAUCAAAAUGCGCGUCUUAAGCAGGGAAUCCAAAGACUACUCGAUGUAGCUCAAGGCGACGAGCGACCUGAGAUGCUCGGCAUCAUUCGGGAGCUUGCAGUCGCUGCUGACCUUGAAGCUCCACCACAAGUCGCGAUGAUCGGGACAGGCCUUUCGAGCACUGAGACGUCAAUUAGCGAUACUACCGCUGUAGAGGCAGAUAGCUUCCAGGGCUUAUUCAGCGACAUUCCCCUGCCAGUGAGCCCUUUGCAAUCAACCCAGUAUCGUUUGGAGUGCAGCAUGUGGCUAGACCCAUUACACUACCUCCGCGUCGCGUUGCCGCCUCAGGAUAUCCUUCCGUACCUUGGCCCUGGUGCAGAAACAUUUGCUGGCCUUCUCUUCUGGUCCGUCAUGGAGCAUUACCAGACUGUGUGCACACAGCACAACGCCAAAACAGUCAUCCAGAAGGGCCUGAAGCAUUCAAAAGCCACGCAGGAUAUCAAACCCUCCUUCAUCGAAACUAUGGCAAAGGCAAGACUCGAGUAUAAGCAGACAGGCUCCAUCAGCCAAGCACAUGCUGUCGCGGCUGAAAAGGACCUGGGACUUGUACUUUGCAAUCUCAUCGAAACAGAGUAUCGAUCCACGGGUAAGGACCCAGAUCAAUGGCUAUCGUGUAUCGGGAUUGAGAAACGACUCAAGAAGACAAUGAGUGAUGAUUCACUAGAGAGUUUAAGAAUUGCUGCACAUGGAAGUGGGGAUGCAAGUUUGCAGUGUCUACUGGAAGAUGUUAAGUGCCGACUGUACGAUAGCUGUGUCUGUUUUGGAGAUGGACCUCGAUGGGAUGUGAAGAUCGUUGACCAGUUAUUUGCUCCUUUCACAAGAUGCGGAAUAGAAGGCGAAAUGGGAAUACGAGGUGGCACGCUUCCAUCAGUGUAGUAUCUUCAUCUCUACUAGCACGACGUAUGUUUUUAAGCAGGAAUGAAUUAAUACUUCUAUUCUCAU